AUGCAGGUAGCCAAAGAUAGAAGAACACGGAAUAAUGAAGGACAAAAGCCAGGAAGUGGUAAAACAAGACAUUGUAAAGCCAUCUGUGCUAAGAAAAGAGCGUAUGAAAAUGAUAAAAUUAAAGGGUCUUUGAACUCCAUGAUUAAGAGAAUUUUACCUGAAGAAGAUGAAGAAUUUGCAAAGAGGAAUAUAAUAUUGAAAUCAAAUGUUACGGAAGAUCUCGACAAUAUUGUGGAUACAAUAGUGGAUAAGAUCAUAGAAAACAAAGAUAAUUGGCGUGAUAGACCUGCUAAAAUUGAAAUCUUUACUAAUGGAGAGUGGCAACGAGAAUAG